AUGUCAGCUCCUACUAUUAUGCCGACAAUCUCCAAGUCAACAACGAACAUGGUGCAAGCUGCUUCGUUGGGGUCAGCGGUCACAGUGGAUGUGGCUUUCCUCACGCCCCCUCCAUUGUUCGAUCUACAAUCUCAAGCCUUACCUUCAAGAGAAGACAGGCUAUUGUCCAGAGAUUUGGGUUUGGUUGGUUACUCUGUGAUUGGAACUGUGAAUCUAAGUGAUGUUGUUUUCCUUCUUGAUAAACCUAUGGAGACUGACCCAGUGGAGUCUCCUGGACGCCUUCCUUAA